AUGUUCGCGGGCAAAAUUUCUGCUCUUUAUCACGUCUUUCGAAUAGGCGCAGUUGCAUCGCAUCGCAUCUCUCGUAGCCAAGCCUUACGCCCAUCGAAUACAUCGUCGGGUUCAGUCCCGAUACUCUGUCCCAGUCGCGCCGCAUCUGGCUACGCAAUGUCGUCCCAGAAAAGUUCGCCAAUACCGCCCAGUGUAUUCCCGAAAAAAGGGUUUGAAAUCAUUGAUUCGUCCAUACCGGUUGAAGAGGAAAACCUCCCCUUAUACAAUCCUAGAUUUUUCUAUCCCGUCCGCUUGGGCGAAGUUUUCGACGAUCGCUAUCAGUAUGGCUCAGUCACGAUCUCAUGUAUGCUCCCUUUUGUAAUCACUUCCCUUCGCGUUUCUUCGCUGACGUACAAGUUCGUUAGCGAACGACGAUAUGUCACACUCAAAAUCUUCGUCAAUAGCAUCCCUCGCAACCCAGAGCUAAAGGUUUUGCAGCAUCUCAAAAGCGUCGAGUCUGAGCAUAAUGGCCGUGAAUUUAUGCGGCUGCUGGAGACCUGCUUUCAAUUGCAAGGUCCUGGGGGAACACAUGAUGUUUUCGUCCUUCGUCCAUUGGGCCCAAGCGUCCAAGCUCUACAAAACCGCCAGCCGAAUCGCGUGCUCUAUGAGGAACUCGCUACCUCCACUGCCCAAUGCGCCCUAAUCGCACUCAAUUUCUUGCACGAGGAGGCAAAAGUGAUCCACACCGACCUCCAUUCUGGAAACCUACUGCUCGGGAUAUCCGACGAAUCACGUCUGGCUGAGUACGAACAGAAGGAGAUGGAGAAACCUACGCCACGAAAAAUCCUCGCGGAUCGUGUGAUUCACGUUUCCCAGGAUUCCUCCAAUGUUGGUCAAGUUCCGCAUCUUUGUGACUUUGGCCAUUCUCGCAUCUGCACCAAUGGGCAACUGCAGCGAGGGCGUGCAAUGCCUAUCCAAUACCGCACGCCGGAAAUGUUAUUGGAUAUGCCUUGGGAUUAUUCGGUUGAUUUAUGGGCACUUGCGCUAACGAUAUGGGAUUUGCUGGAGCCUAAACCCUUAUUUCAAAUCUACAAUCCCGCAGACAAUGACCUUAACGAGGCGUUACAUCUUGCCCACAUGGUAGCACUAAUGGGUCCCCCGCCAUUGGAGUUCUUAAAGAGGAGUGCGACCUCGGCAAAAUAUUGGGAUGAAGAUGGAAAAUGGAAAGGGGCUGUCCCGAUCCCGCCGCCGACAAGCCUUGAGUCCCGUUUUACGCUAUUUGAUGGGCAGCACAAGACACUGUUCCUUGACUUCAUUCGGACAUUGCUCAAAUGGGAGCCACAGCAACGAGCUUCAAGUGGAGAUGCGUAUAUGCAUCCAUGGCUAGCUCAAGUUUGUGGAAAAUAA